AUGCAGUGGAAGUGUGUAGUUGUGGUGUUCGUUCAUCUUACAGCGACAGGACUAUGCUGGCCCUACGAUGGGUCUCUUGCUUCCUACAACCUCAAUGAAAAUAACACUGCGACUAACCCAGCUGAUUACUGGGGAGAAUGGCCCAACCAUGCCUACUUCCCUUCUCCAGAUAACUGGCGCUUUCCGAUAUACUCUCUCUUCCUUGACCGAUUCGUGAAUGGAGAUCCAACAAAUGACAACAUCAAUAGUACGCUGUUUGAGCAUGACUUGAACUCCAAUCAGAUGCGUCAUGGGGGAGAUGUGGUUGGAUUGGUGGAUACUUUGGAUUAUUUGCAAGGAAUGGGAAUUAAGGGUAUUUACCUCGCCGGAACUGUGUUGAUGAACCAGCCAUGGAGUUUCGAUGGAUAUUCAGCCCUUGAUACUACCUUGCUCGAUCAGCACUUCGGCACACUCCAAGCCUGGAGAGAUGCUAUAACAGAGAUCCACAAUCGAGGCAUGUAUGUCAUUUUCGACAAUACUAUUGCUACGAUGGGAGACUUGAUUGGCUUUGAGGGAUACCUCAACUCGACCACGCCAUUCUCACCAAGAGAGCACAAAGCUCAGUGGAAGUCUGACCGCCACUACGUUGAUUUUCAUUUUGGCAACACCUACAAUCAAACCUGCCACUAUCCCCGUUUUUGGAAUGAAACUGGCCUUCCGGUCGAGAAGCAUGUUCUGGGUGAGUUAAAGGGAUGCUACGACAGUGACUUCGAUCAAUAUGGUGAUAUUGAAGCAUUCGGCGUGUAUCCUGACUGGCAGCGGGAACUGGCAAAGUUUGCCUCGGUUCAAGACCGUCUUCGUGAAUGGAUACCUAGUGUCAGAGAGCGUCUCAUUAGGCACUCAUGCAUGAUUAUUGCUUCCCUCGACAUUGACGGGUUUCGAUAUGACAAAGCGACACAGGCCACCGUCGAUGCGCUUGGUGACAUCUCUGGGGCUUACAGAGACUGUGCUCGGCGUGUGGGCAAAACCAAUUUUUUCUUACCAGGAGAAAUUACAGCCGGAAACACCUUAGGCUCUAUCUUUCUUGGUCGUGGUCGUCAACCUGAUAUGCUUCCGCAGACACUCGAUGAGGCAUUUGGGUUGACAAAUUCAUCCGACUCAACCUUCUUCCUUCGGGAUGAGAGCCACCAAGCCAUUGACGGCGCUGCCUUCCAUUAUUCAGUUUAUCGCUCCCUCACUCGAUUCUUGGGCAUGGAUGGAAACCUCGCAGCUGGCUAUGAUAUUCCAGUCAACUGGACAGAAGCAUGGUACCAGAUGGUGCUCACCAAUGAUCUCAUCAACUCAAAUUCGGGGAAAUUCGAUCCUCGCCAUAUGUACGGUGCGACAAACCAAGAUGUUUUCCGCUGGCCGACCGUCGAUAUGGGCAUUGAGAGGCAUCUUUUGGGUCUUUUCAUCACAACGCUUCACUUGCCCGGAAUACCUUUGCUGCUGUGGGGUGAAGAGCAGGCAUUCUAUAUCCUUGAUGCCACAGCUUCAAACUAUAUUUAUGGUCGUCAAUCAAUGUCCCCUGCAACAGCGUGGAAGACUCAUGGCUGCUUCAUGAUGAUUUCAGAACAAUACUUCAACUGGCCAAUCAAAUCAGGGCGACUGGGUUGUCAUGAUCAGACUGCCACAUAUGACCACCGGGAUCCUUCUCAUUUUAUGCGAAACAUCAUCAAACAUAUGUACCAAAUGAGACAGGAUUUUCCUGCGCUCAACGAUGGUUGGUGGAUACAAUUGCUUUCCAACCAGACCCACGAAAUCCAGUACCCUGGCUCCAACGGCAUACCAACCGAGACAGGCAUGUGGUCGGUGCUACGAAGCCCUUACUAUCAAGCACAGGAUCUGGGUAACUCCGGGAACCAGACGGUAUGGUUUGUCUAUCAAAAUGACAACAGAACUCUGGCUUAUGACUUUGACUGCUCCGAUCGAAACCUGGCGCUCAUCGCUCCGUUUGACACCAAAAUUACCGUGAAGAACCUGUUCUAUCCACAUGAUGAACUUACUCUCAAGGACGGUCCCACGAAGCUACAUCUGAAUGGAUCUCAAGAGUUUAAUGGUUGUCUCGAUAGACUUACGCUUCAGCCGUACGAGUUCAGGGCCUACGUUCCGAUAGAGAAGUUUGUACCUCCUCGCCCCCCUGGAGAGCGCGAGACCCUUGAAAUCGGGUUGUAUUUCUCUACAGAGAUGGACUGCACACGGGUGUCUGAAUCAAUUUCGCUCGAGUCAUCAACUGAGACUGGCGCAAUCGCGUCUGUUGACCUGGGCUCUGCCAACUGCGGAAUCAUCGAGAAUGAUGAAGUGUCCUAUUCUGGACAAAUUCCAGCCAAAUGGGCUUGGACAGCCACUUUAACUGACGUUGAAAAUGGCGUUCACCGGUUGACGGUCAACAACGCAACGAGCAUCGACGGGAGGGCUACAGAUGCCGUCGACCACUUUUUGAUUCGAAUUGGCCAACAUGACAACCCUAUGAUCUUCACUUCGGCCAAUUACUCCACCAACCUUCUCCACGAGCGGGAAGAUGGCACUCUCUACGUUCAGCAGCAUGCAGCUGGGGCGGACAUGUAUCGCUACUCGACGAAUUGGGGCACUACGUUCUCCAGGUGGCUUCCGUAUAUUGGAGGAAAUCAAUCCAUUCAAGAACAGCAUUGGACUGGGACGAAGAACCAGAAGUGGAAAGGGCAACACAUUCGUGUUGAGUACUGGAGCCGCUUGACAGGAAGCAGUGAUUAUGUCCAAGAGGGCGAUGGCGCCCACUGGAACUCCCCAGUGCCUCGUCGAUUUCCUCAUAUGUUCUUUAACGGACCCUUCAACGAAUAUGGCUACGAUGCUGGCUUGGCCAAUGUGGUGGAACAAGAUAGCGAUGGUAUAUGGAAAUUCCGCUUCAUGGCUGAGUGGCCAUCUCAAGGCCAGCUCAAUGUUUGGGGCAUCAAUCCCGACGGUCAACCCGAUCAAAGCUAUAUCUUCGGUGACUCUGAUGGAGACUCGGUUCUUGACCGUCUACCACCCUCCUCCCUCAGCACGACGACGAUCAAUAUCACGGAACAUCCACCUGAUCCGCACUUGGCUUGGAGGAUUCAUCUUGAUGAUGCGACUCUACGAUUCAAGUUGGUUCCAGCGGGCUCUAAAUACGUGCAGAUGGCUCUCUUUUUCAUGCUAUGCAUUAUCCCUGUCAUCACCGCCAUAACUUGCGCCUAUAUAUUCAAAAAGACUUUCUACCGAAUCAAAUUCAACCAGGUCGGCGUGAGCGAGAAGAAAACGCUCAUAUCCCUGGAUAUACUGAAGAGACUUAAGGCAGACGAUAUCAGAUGUGGAGAGCCACGAAGUCUAACUGCUCGAUUGGCAAACAAGUCGAGGUUUCUCCAAAGUACCUCGGCAUUUGGCAACCGCACAUCACACAAACGAAACGUUCUAGUCGCGACCAUGGAGUACAACAUUGAUGACUGGGGGAUCAGGAUCAAAAUUGGUGGUUUAGGCGUCAUGGCACAGCUCAUGAGCAAGCAACUUGGUCACUUGGAUCUCAUCUGGGUCAUACCAUGCGUCGGUGGAAUCGAAUAUCCCGUGGACAAACCCGCAGGAUCGAUGUUUGUCAUGAUCCUUGGAAACGCUUACGAAGUCAAAAUUCAGUAUCAUGUUCUUAGGAACAUUACCUACGUUCUCCUUGAUGCGCCGGUUUUCCGCCAGCAGUCUGCCAAGGAGCCCUAUCCAGCGCGAAUGGAUGACCUUGACAGCGCUAUAUACUAUUCCGCAUGGAACCAAUGCAUUGCUCAGACACUCAAAAGAUUUCCUAUUGAUUUGUAUCACAUUAACGACUACCAUGGUGCAAUUGCGACUCUUUAUCAGCUACCUGAGACUAUUCCGAUCUGUCUUUCGCUUCACAACGCAGAAUUCCAGGGCUUAUGGCCGAUGCGCACACUAAAGGAAAAGAGUGAGGUGUGCUCUGUCUUCAAUCUUGAUAUGGAUGUUGUUACGCGCUAUGUCCAGUUUGGAGAGAUCUUCAAUCUAUUACAUGCUGGAGCGAGUUACCUGCGCCUUCACCAGCAGGGCUUUGGUGCUGUUGGGGUAUCCAAGAAAUAUGGUAAGCGGUCUUACGCACGCUACCCUAUCUUCUGGGGCCUAAGGAAAGUUGGAAAUCUGCCAAAUCCCGACCCUUCAGACACCGGUGAAUGGAGCAAAGUGUUACCCAAGGAGAGUGAGAUCAGUGUUGACAACGACUACGAAAUGCGUCGAGCUGAACUUAAACGCCAGGCACAAGAAUGGGCUGGUCUCCAUCAAACUCCCGAUGCCGAUGUCCUAGUCUUCGUUGGCAGAUGGUCAAUGCAAAAGGGAAUCGAUCUAAUUGCGGAUGUGAUGCCUGGUGUUCUCGAAUCUCGAUCGAGCGUCCAGCUAAUUUGUGUGGGGCCUGUCAUCGAUCUAUACGGCAAGUUUGCAGCACUCAAGUUGGACCGCAUGAUGAAGCUCUACCCAGGCCGUGUUUUCUCAAGGCCACAUUUUACGGUGCUACCUAACUUCAUCUUUUCUGGUGCAGAAUUUGCACUGGUUCCUUCUCGUGACGAGCCAUUUGGUCUGGUUGCCGUCGAGUUCGGUCGCAAAGGCGCUCUCGGUAUUGGCGCUCGAGUAGGUGGACUCGGACAGAUGCCCGGAUGGUGGUAUACGGUUGAGUCGACAACAACUUCGCACCUUCUCAAGCAGUUUAAGCUUGCCAUUGACAGUGCUCUGAGUUCAAAAUAUGAAGUUAGGGCCAUGAUGCGUGCGAGAUCCGCUAAGCAACGCUUCCCUGUCGCCCAGUGGAUUGAAGAUCUGGAAAUUCUCCAGUCUACCGCUAUUCGGGUUCACAACAAGGAGCAAGCAAAAGCUCAGGCACAAUCAAAUGUCGCGCCUUAUGGAUACAACGCUAUAUAUGGAAUGAUGACACCCCAGGCCGCUGCGUCGACCCGGUCGGGUGCUUCCAGUGGCAGUGGUACCUUGACGCCGCCAUCGCGAUCAGCCAGCCGUCCAGGAACCAUGGCCUCCUUGCGGCAAAGUUCCAUUAUCUAUAGCCGUGAUCCUAGUCCUGGCAGUGACGGUAGGCCCAAGUCAGGUCUCAGUCGACACCUUCCUUCUGGUGUCGGUGUUGGCCCACGGCCAGUCUCGGCUCCCCUAGAAACUCUUGGGCGCGGAGACUUUGGAAAAGGGACUGUGGCAGAUGUGGGGGAAACGCAGAAUGGGGUAUCACCAGACACUGAGGAUGAGAGUGAGGAUGAGAUGAUGUCCACUUGCUACGGUGACGAGGAAUACCCGAUGGCAGCCGGUUUGGCUGAGAGAGGACGCCUAAUGGAAGGCUCUUCCCUGAAUCCGCCAUCUUCUGGGAUCGUUCUUACCAAGGAAGCUCUCUCUGCUCGACAUUCAAGUCAGGGCUCCCCUCUUGGGCGAUCUAUCGGGAGCCUUUCAACCUCAGCCGCACCCAGUACAGUGGGAAUAGAAGAUACUCUUCUUCCUCCGUCAAGACCUUGGGCGGAGCCUGGAAACCGCCUCAGCAGUGCAUCGGUGCUAUCCGUGGAUUCUGUCGUUGGUGACAAGAAGGACUAUAAGCUGCAGAAGGUUGACCCUUUCUUCACGGACAGCAAUGGCGAGUACUACAGGGCAUUCGAAAAGAAGUUAGAAGAUCUCAAUGGUUCAAACUCGGAUUCUCAGCUUUGCAUUGAGCAGUAUCUCGAAAAGAGCGAGAAGAAGUGGUUUGAUCGAUUCCGAGAUGCGCGUCUCGGACGCAAUCGGUCGCCAGCCCCCUCAAUGCUGUUUGGCAAAAGCGGAAGCCGCUCUCCUCCAGACUCGAUAACCAAUGACGAUACAAUUUCCCAUGAGAGCGGCACGCCAGAGAGGAAAGCAAAUGACGAAUUCCUUCUUGGUGAUGACUACGUGCCACCCACCGGUCUCAAGAAAUGGAUGCAGAUGCGCAUCGGGGACUGGCCCGUGUACUCCCUAUUUCUUGGCCUGGGUCAGAUAAUUGCUGCCAAUUCCUAUCAGAUCACCUUGCUGACUGGUGAAGUUGGCCAGAGCGAGGAGAAACUCUAUGGAAUCGCAACGGUGUACCUGGUCACGUCUAUUCUGUGGUGGCUCUUCUUCCGAUUCUGCAAGUCGACCCUGGUCCUGGCUGUCCCGUGGUUCUUGUAUGGAACCGCUUUUAUGAUUAUUGGCGUUGCUCACUUCGAGACGAACUCCUUUGCCCGUGGAUGGAUUCAGAACAUCGGCAGUGGUAUAUACGCCGCAGCCUCAUCAAGCGGCUCGAUCUUCUUCGCGCUGAACUUUGGCGACGAAAGCGGCGCUCCAGUCAAGCAGUGGGUAUUCCGUGCUUGCUUGAUUCAGGGCACGCAGCAAGCCUAUGUCAUUGCUCUCUGGUACUGGGGUUCCACGUUGACGAAGGCUUCAAAUGCUGGAAUUGCAAAUGCACAAGGCAAUAUCACAAGCACCUGGAGGAUGACAACCGUCUGUAUCCCAAUCACUGCUUUUCUGUGGGGAGUCGGUGGCCUGAUCUACUUCGGCUUGCCAAACUAUUACCGACAGACUCCCGGCAAAGUCCCGUCAUUCUACAAGUCAGUCUUCCGACGCAAAAUCGUGCUUUGGAAUUGGGUUGUAGUCAUCCUUCAGAACUUCUUUUUGAGUGCUCCCUACGGUCGCAAUUGGAACUUCCUUUGGAUCUCCAAGCACGCCAAGCCAUGGCAAAUUCUCUGCCUCUGUGUCGUCUUCUUUGGGUUUGUCUGGAUAGCAAUCCUAUUUCUGCUCGCCUGGGUAUCCAAAUCACACAGUUGGAUUCUGCCUAUCGUGGCUUGUGGCCUUGGAGCUCCCCGAUGGGCACAAAUCUGGUGGGGAACUUCAGGGUCCGGCCUUUUCCUUCCGUGGGCAGGUAGUUAUGUGUCUGGUGCCCUGGUGUCACGAAGUCUUUGGCUAUGGCUUGGUGUGAUGGAUGCUUUACAGGGUCUCGGCUUUGGCAUGAUCCUUUUGCAGACACUGACACGUAUGCAUAUCUGUUUCACACUACUUGUAUCACAGGUCAUCGGCUCGAUUGCGACCAUAUGUGCGAGAGCGUUUGCGCCGAAUAGAAUUGGUCCAGGACCCAUAUCCCCGGAUAUCACAGCCGGAGCUGAUGCCUUGGGGAAUGCGUGGUUCUGGAUUGCGCUAGUCUUCCAAUUGAUGAUCUGUGGCGGGUUCCUUCUCUUCUUCCGCCGUGAACAGCUCUCAAAACCUUAG